CGUGACGUACGCAUGGAUCAUCCGGAGUGGCAAAACUGGACAUACUUGCGCAUCGACUUUGAUGACCAGCCCUUCCCCAACGGACGCCAGCUCGUGGCCCUUUCAAUGACUACGACGGGGCUCGGCCGCAUAGCACACUUAGACCAACCUGUGGAGAACGGGCCGUCUCUGGAUGACAUCGCGUCCUUGUUCGAGAUUGUACACAGUCGUACGCUCGGUGGAUACACCUGCUUCUCCCGGAUGUGGCUCACGGAGAAUGUCCUCCUGUCUACCACCCUGAAGUACUUGCAGCACUGGCUUGCGGGUCACGUCCGGCCGGAGGCAUUGAGGAGAUACGCUGAAUGUGAAAGCGACGUCUUCACCUGUGUUACUGGGAUGCUCUUUCGUGAUCCCGCCGUAAAGGCCUCGGCAGGCCCCGCACUAAUGGCCCUGCGAGGCGUCCCGGCGUUAGUCGCGCACUCGCAUCCCAACAACAUCGAAGUGCACGAUGAAGACAUCCGGGUAAUAUUGGAUGAAUGGCAGCCUUCUGUACAGGCAGGAUUCAUCUAGACCGGUGAAUGAGCAGUGUUCGCGAGCAGGCCGAUACCUAAUUUAUUAUCGGUAUCCGUCUUGUGCAAUGCAUGGAGUGGACAUACCUCUACCCGUGGUGUAUGUAGUAGUAAAGGAGUCGACAGAGAAACGCUGUAUUGGUCCUAUCC